AUGGGUAGGGCCCCCCCUUUGAUUGGGGGAAGCAAACGAAAGCGAAUGCAAAAAUUAGGCACAUCAAUUCUUGAAAUAUCCAAAUUUGGGAAGCCCCCGUGGGGUGGUGAUAUUAGGGGGCCCGUCCGUGCAAUCGAUGACACCGACGUGUGCUGUUGCAGUGGAGAUCAGGUUCUCGCUGCUUCUCUCACUCCAAAGAGAUCCCUAGGCCCAUUAGCCAAGGCUACAACAGCGACAGCGACAGCAACAGAAACAGGGAUAAAAUGGUUGUCUGCCCUUGCUAGAAGAGAGGCCGACUGGCCCUCUUGCUUUUUGAGGGCCCCCAACGCUUGGGCCCCUGCUGGGGCUAGGGAGCAUCUCCGUACCACACGGCUCGUUGUAACUAAUGAGCAGAGUACCACCCCCUUCAGGGGGUAUUCUGGAGAACCAACUGCCCCCAAAUCUCUGGGCUUCGGGCGUACGUGCAGACAGAAGGCAGAACGUGUGUUGUUUUUGUUCUCGGAGCUGGGACCCCAAACGACUGAGGAGCUGCUGGGGUCUCUCUUGUUGCUGGAGGAGACCGCUGAUUCCGAGGGGAGGAAGCACAGUGCCAUCUACCUGCAUAUACACUCCACGGGAGGGUCGCUUACUCAUGCUUUGGCCGUCUUAGACCUCAUGCAGAUGAUGUCUAGCCCAGUCUAUACCGUAAACUGUGGCUUAUGCGCCUCCUCUGCUUCUCUGCUGCUGGCGGGCGGGGCUCCAGGUCACCGGUAUGCCUUGGGUGGCAGCAGAGUGCUCCUGCACCUUCCCAUGGGGGCCCUUGCCGGUCCCCUAAACGACCUCCUCACAGAAGCGGAUGGCGUUAAAAGAGUUAAGGACCAAGUGGAACGGCUCUACGGGUGA